AUGGCUGUGGACAAAGUCAUGCCACGAGGUGAAAUGAAAAAGGCAGGAAAUGAAAAUGUACAAGCAUCAUCACAGCUGUGUGGGAACAGGGAAAAUCUUUGCAUGGAAAUAAAGGCACAGAAUAAUAAACUGCUAGUGGAAGAGGACCAGUGCAUUACUUCUGUGGGUAUGAGCCCAGGGACAAGACUUGUAUCUAUAGAAUUCUUCCGUCCACAUGUAACAGAGUUUCCAAGAAAACGCAAAGGAAGUGAUUCAGACCCAUCCCAAAUGGAAGAUGGUGAUCAGCAAAUAAAAAUGAAGUCUUUCAGAGAAGCUCAUAGCCAAACUGAAAAGCGGAGGAGAGAUAAAAUUAAUAACCUGAUCGAAGAACUGUCUGCAAUGAUCCCUCAGUGCAAUCCCAUGGUACGCAAACUGGACAAACUUACAAUUUUAAGAAUGGCUGUUCAACACUUGAAAACUCUAAAAGGCAUGACAGAUUCUUACAUAGGAGAUAAUUGCAGGCCUUCAUUUAUUCAGGAUAAUGAGCUCAAACACUUAAUUCUUAAGACUGCAGAAGGCUUCCUAUUUGUGGUUGGAUGUGAAAGAGGAAAAAUUCUCUUCGUUUCUAAAUCAGUCUCCAAAACUCUUAAUUAUGAUCAGGCUAGUUUGACUGGACAAAGCUUAUUUGACUUCUUACAUCCCAAAGAUGUUGCCAAAGUGAAGGAACAAUUUUCUUCUUCUGUUAUUACACCAAGUAAGAAGUUCACAGAUGCCAAAACUGGUUUGCAAGUUCACAAUAGUUUUUAUGCUAGAAGGACACAUGUAUAUUCUGGCUCAAGACGAUCCUUUUUCUGUCGGAUAAAGAGUUGUAAAGUCUCUGUCAGAGGAGAGUGUGAAUGCUUACCCAACUCAAGGAGGAAAGAUCGUAGAAAAUUCUAUACUAUCCACUGCACUGGUUAUUUGAGAAGUUGGCCUCCAGAUAUUGUUGGAAUGGAAGAAGAAAGGAUCAGCAAGAAAGAUAGCAGUAAUUUUACUUGCUUUGUUGCCAUUGGAAGAUCACAUCCAUAUAUUGUCCCACAGAGCAGUGGAGAGAUUAAAGUCAAGCCAACUGAAUUUGUAACCCGGUUUGCAGUGAAUGGAAAAUUUGUCUUUGUAGAUCAAAGGGCAACUGCAAUUUUAGGAUAUCUGCCUCAGGAACUUUUGGGAACUUCUUGUUAUGAAUAUUUUCAUCAAGAUGACCAUAGUAAUUUGACUGACAAGCACAAAGCAGUUCUACAGAGUAAGGAAAAAAUAUUUACAGAUUCCUACAAAUUCAGAGCAAAAGAUGGGUCUUUUGUAACUUUAAAGAGCCAGUGGUUUAGUUUCACAAAUCCUUGGACCAAAGAACUGGAAUAUAUUGUGUCUGUCAACACUUUAGUAUUAGGGCACGGUGUGACUGGAGACGCAUCAUUACUUCCUUGCAGUUCUCAAUCAGAAGAAUCCUCUAUACAAUCUUGUAGUAGUAUACCAAGAAUGUCUUCUGGAAUGGUACUUGGUGCUGGUUGUAUUGGAACAGAUAGUGCAAAUGCAGUUCUGGAUUUACAAAGGUCUGCUUCAUCCCUUGGUGAUACAAGUCCUAAAGUUCUAAUGAAAGAUACUACCACUGAAAACUGCAGAAAUGUGUCAAGUAAGGAGUUGAUUCCGUUAAGUCCUUCUGAAAUAGGAGAGCUAGAAGCCACGAGGCAACACCAGAACACUGUUGCUCUCCACAGUAACGAACUGCUCCUCAAUGAUGGUGCCCAGUUGGAUUUUGAUGCCCUAUGUGACAAUGAUGACACAGCCAUGGCUGCAUUCAUGAAUUACUUUGAAGCAGAAGGGGGCCUGGGAGACCCUGGGGACUUCAGUGACAUCCAGUGGACACUCUAG